CUAACACCACCUCCACCCGACCCGUCCUACCUCCGCUUCUCAAAAGGCGGGAAAGCCAUCCUUUGAAACUCCCUCUCGCUAUUUUGGGAAAAGACCUUCCAAACCUCUUCCACUUUCCCAAUGUCGGGGACAAUCAAGGUUCUGAACGUGGCGGAGAAGCCGUCGGUGGCGAAGUCGGUGUCGGGUAUUCUCUCAAGGAACCAAGGCCUACGAGUGCGCGAUGGCCGGUCCCGCUUCAACAGGAUAUUCGAGUUCAAUUACUCGGUUCGGGGCCAACCCUGCCACAUGCUCUUCACCUCCGUCACGGGCCACUUAAUGGAGCUCGAAUUCGAAGACCGCUUCCGCAAGUGGCACUCCUGUGACCCUGCUGACCUCUACCACGCACCCGUUCGCAAACACGUUCCUGAGGAUAAGAUGGAUAUUAAGAGGACUUUAGAGGAGGAAGCUAGGAGGUGCCAGUGGUUGGUUCUGUGGCUUGAUUGUGACAGAGAAGGAGAAAACAUUGCAUUUGAGGUUAUUGAUGUUUGCAGAGCAGUGAAUUGUCAUCUGACAAUACGAAGGGCACGAUUCUCUGCAUUAAUUGAGAGGGAAAUCCAUCAUGCGACGCAGAAUCUUGUUGAUCCAAAUCCAUGGUUUUCUGAUGCAGUAGAUGCUAGGCAAGAAAUAGAUCUACGAAUUGGUGCUUCCUUCACCAGAUUUCAGACUAUGAUGUUGAGAGAUAAGUUUGUUAUUGAUUCUGCUACAGAUGACAGAAAUCUUGUUCUAAGUUAUGGUCCUUGUCAGUUCCCUACACUCGGCUUUGUUGUGGAGCGGUAUUGGGAAGUACAGUCACAUGAGCCUGAAGAAUUUUGGACAAUCAACUGUUCUCAUAAAUUAGAUGAAGGUGUUGCUACCUUCAAUUGGAUGCGUGGACAUCUUUUUGAUCACACUUGUGCGGUUAUAGUUUAUGAAAUGUGUGUUCAGGAGCCAAAUGCAACUGUUACCAAAGUUCGACACCAGGAAAAGCUUAAGUAUCCUCCAUAUCCUUUGAGUACCAUUGAGCUUGAAAAGCGUGCUUCACGAUAUUUCCGUAUGAGUUCUGAACAUACGAUGAAGGUGGCAGAAGAUCUAUACCAAGCUGGUUUUAUCAGUUAUCCUCGUACAGAGACUGAUUGCUUUUCAAGCAGGACUGAUUUGCAUGCAAUUGUGCAAGAACAACAGGACCAUCCUGAGUGGGGUUCUUAUGCUCAGAGGUUAUUGGACCCUGGGACAAGUCUCUGGAGAAACCCUAGCAGUGGUGGACAUGAUGACAAGGCUCAUCCACCCAUUCACCCUACAAAAUUUUCUGCUGGAGAACAUAAUUGGAGUCAAGACCAUCGUAAAUUAUAUGAACUGGUAGUUCGCCAUUUCUUGGCUUGUGUUUCACAACCAGCUGUAGGGGCUGAAACUACAGUUGAAAUUGACAUUGCAGAUGAACAAUUUUCUACAUCAGGAAGAGUAAUAUUAGAGAGAAAUUACUUAGAUGUUUACCGAUAUGAAUCAUGGGGAGGUUCAAUGAUUCCAACCUACACUCUUGGACAGCAGUUCAUCCCAGCAUCAUUGACUCUUGACACAGGAGUCACUAGACCACCACCCCUUUUGAGUGAAGCUGAUUUACUAAGUUGUAUGGACAAGGCGGGAAUUGGUACAGAUGCAACAAUGCAUGAUCACAUUAAAAAGCUGCUAGAUCGAUUUUAUGCAACAAAGGACUCAAACACUCGUUUCUCGCCCACCAAACUUGGUGAGGCACUGGUUAUGGGAUAUGAUGACAUGGGGUAUGAACUUUGGAAGCCAAAUCUCAGAUCAAUGAUGGAGUUUGACAUGAAAGAAGUUAGUGUAGGCAAUAAGAGAAAAGAUGAAGUUUUAGCCACUUGCUUGCAACAGAUGAAAGCUUGCUUCUUAGAUGCAAGAUUGAAUAAAGUGAAAUUAUUAGAGGCUAUGGCAGUUUUCUUCGAGAGAUCAAAUCAAGCUGCUGGUGACGACAACCAUGCAGCUGGAGAAGUGGUUAGGCAGUGUGGACUUUGCCGAGAAUCUUCUAUGGUGCUGAAGAAAAACCGUGAUGGCAACUUCAUGGUUGGAUGCUUGGGUUUUCCGCAGUGUAGGAAUGCUAUUUGGCUCCCUGGAUCUGUAUUGGAAGCAGCAGUAACCAGUAAUAUUUGUGGCUCCUGCAAUCCAGGUCCUGUUUACUUGAUUCAAUUUAAGUUUCGCCAGCUUGAAAUACCACCUGGCUUCAAUGCCAACCAUCUGGGUUGCAUUGGUGGCUGUGAUGAUAUACUUAGACAACUGAUAGAAAUAUGUGGAACAGGUUCUCGCAUGUCAGCACGAGGUAGAGGACCCACUACAACGUCCAGCAAUGUCCAGAGAAAUAGCAGCAGACAAGGUGCUUGCUUAUACUGUCAGCAAACAGGCCAUUCUUCAAAUGAUUGCCCUUCACAGUUUUCAGGUUCACGAAAUUCUAGAUCUCGUACGAACUCACAAAAUGGUAUGCAAGGGGAACCAUCAGUAUUGUGUAGCACAUGUGGAACACCGUGUGUUUUACGAACUGCUAAUACAGCAAAUAACCGGGGAAGAAAGUUCUACUCAUGUCCAUCACAAGAAUGCAACUUCUUUAUAUGGGAGGAUGAGCACAAUAAUGGGACUGGAGGAAGAAGCAUUCCCCGUGCGGGCAUCAAUGGUUCAGCAUCUAAUUCCAGCAGGGGAGGUGGGCGUGGGCGUGGUCGAGGUCGAUUCGGCCAAAAUGGAGCACGUGCUGCUGACGUGACAUUCGUGUCAGCAACCGGGGAUCCCAUCUCCGGCAGAAGGUGUUACGUUUGUGGUGAUCCAUCGCACUUCGCAAAUGUCUGCCCAAAUCGUGGCAUGUAAUUCCCUUCCGAAUGCUGUGUCCGUUGGGUCCCUUAUCACCUAUAUUACAUUCGUCUACAGAUUCAUAUGCAAAUACAAGUUCUAAAAAAAACAUUUAAAAUUCUCAAAA